UUCAUCUUGUAUCAGAUUUGUGAACAUGGGAUGUUGUGAUGUUUUAUAUUACUCAGGAAAGAGUUAGUUCAUUGAAUUCGUUGGAAUAAUAAUGAGAGGGGUUUCUACUCAUCGGUAUAGAGGUUAGCUGCAUAUUGCUAAGGCUGGGAAGAGUCUUGUAUAUGGCCCUCUAACCUGUAUUGUCUGAGUUUCUGAAAUGAGUGAUAAAGAGCACGCACAGUGGCGGCAUUCACGCCGAGAAGCAUUUACCAACCGUUCCUCAUCUGCUCCUCAAAGUCGACAAGGAACCACUGCUCAGAGGUGGCGUGAUGUGCCAUGUCCCACUGUGGGAUCUUUCAUGGUAGCCAAUCGUCUUGAAGAAGUAUUGAUGGGUGUAGUACCUUCUGACUUACCUCUUAAUCAGUUCUGCAGCCUGACUGAAGAAGAUCUCAGGACUAAGUUCAAUGUUGAUGAUCCAGCGAAAGUCAAAUGUGUUAUAACUGUAAUACAACUUGCGAAGGAGUUUGAAGGAACAAGUCACGUAGAAAGAACUUCUUCUUCUCCUGCUAUUUCACCUAAACCUUGUGAAUAUGAUGAUCUUCUCUCCCUUUUCCCUCGGAAGCCACGUCCCAUUUCCCGACAGAUUUCCGAAGAUGUCAGAUUUCGUAGAGAAAGUUUCACUUCAAGUCCUCAUUCACAGCUUUCUCCCAGCCAAGCUGAAUCAUCCAAUCUGCUUAGAAUGAGAGCAUCUUUAAUGGGUCAGUCAGCUCCAUCUCUUUCAGCUAGUAUGAAGGAUCUUGGGCCACCUAGAAGAGGAAGAUCUACGCGUAAGAGUUUUAUCAGCAAUACCUCACCCACCUUACCUCGUUGCCAUUCACCAAUUUUGCAAGCUGCACCAGUUGAUAACAUGAGGAAUAUUUCAUUCAGUCAACACACUAUUUGUGCUUCAGUAAAACGGGUUGAUGGUAGACGAUGGUCUCUGGCAUCCCUUCCUUCAUCAGGCUAUGGUACUAAUACUCCAGGGAGUUCUAAUGUUUCAUCACAGUGUUCUUCUCAAGAGAAACUGCACACUUUAACACAUGGUAACCUAGAUGAUGGUCCUUCUCAUGCACAUUUCAGUAGUAAUGAGAGUAAUCCUGGACUCGAAGAAGAUGGCAGACAUUCGCCUAUAGUUCGACCCAGAUCUCGCAGUCUAAGAAAUUUUAAUAUUAGGUGGUCUUGGUUUGGUUUUCACAGAUCAACAUGGUUGAACAAGAGCCUGGCCUGGUUGUGUCUUGCACCUUUAGACCCAUUACGCUCACCUGGAGUGGACAGUGAAGUUGUUGCAAUGAAUAAUGUUUAUAAAGAAAGGUUCCCAAAGGCAACACAACAAAUGGAAGAGAAAUUGCAACAGUUUUUAAAUGAAUAUAUGAACUAUGAUCCCAGUGAAUCUCUGGAUGCUGUUGCUCGCUUUGUUCAUCAUCAGGUUAUCCACAUGGCUCAAGAUUGUCUUUCACAGUCACAGAAUCAACUAAUCACCUCUCACUAUUUUUUUGAGAUGUCAGAAAACCUAGAAAAACUUCUGGUUGAGUGCCAAGAAAAGUCUCCUGAAGCUGCUCAGUAUUUAAAAGUUUUGAUCAAGAAACUUCUAGUCAUAAUUUCCCGUCCUGCUCGCCUUUUGGAGUGUUUGGAAUUUGAUCCUGAAGAAUUUUAUCGUUUGUUAGAAGCUGCAGAAGGUCAUGCAAAAGUUCAGCAAGGUGUAACAACUGAUAUUCCGAAAUAUAUCAUUAGUAAAUUGGGCCUAAACAGAGAUCCACUGGCUGAACUCAGUCGUGAUUUAUCAAGUGAUUUCGAUGGGCAGGAGCAAACAGAUUAUUCAGCGCAAACAGGGCGAGAUCUUUUCCCCCAAUCAUCUAAACCUCCAAAUGAAAGUGAUUUUGAGACUGUAAAAUUAAUCAGCAAUGGAGCUUAUGGUGCUGUGUACUUAGUUCGACAUAUUAAAUCAAGGCUAAGGUUUGCUAUGAAAAAAAUUAGCAAACACAAUCUGGUCUUAAGAAAUCAAGUGGAACAGGUGUAUGCAGAGAGAGAUAUUAUGAGUUUCACAGACAAUCCGUUUGUCGUUAGCAUGUUUUGCAGCUUUGAAACAAAGAAACAUCUUUGUAUGGUCAUGGAGUAUGUUGAAGGAGGUGACUGUGCAACACUUUUAAAACACAUGGGACCAUUACCAGUAGAUUUGGCUCGCUUUUACUUUGCCGAGACUGUUCUAGCAGUUGAAUAUUUGCAUAGUUAUGGAAUAGUUCACAGGGAUUUAAAACCUGACAAUUUAUUGAUUACCUCAAUGGGUCAUAUCAAGCUGACUGAUUUUGGUUUGUCAAAAGUUGGAUUAAUGAAUUUGGCUACAAAUCUUUAUGAGGGCUAUAUUGACAGAGAAACAAAACAGUUCACUGAUAAACAAGUUUUCGGUACUCCUGAAUACAUAGCACCAGAAGUAAUUUUACGCCAAGGAUAUGGUGAGAAUUAAUGUUUGAAAUAUUCAUUUUCUUAUAACAAUGUUAAAAAGUUUUAUAAAUAAGGUUUCUCAAAAACUGCUUUCUUUUUUAUGCUGUAAAAAUUCUAUUAAAUUUUUAAUGCUUAAAAGUAGUAUAAUUAUGUAAUAAGCCACUGAAAGAAACAUGGUGGAAGGAAAUGAAUGCAAAAAAUAAGGCAGGAAACUAUUACAUGUUAUAAAUAAAUAGCAUUUAUUAUCUUAGCAUGGUCAUCUAAAAACUAAUUUUUAAGGAAGGCUGAAUCUAGGCUGAAUUUUUCCUAAGUUGAAAAUAGAACAUUUUGAGAC